GCCGCAAGCAAACGUCGGGCGAGCAACAGCGUGCGCAACGGUGAAACACCGCAGCCUCGGCUCGUGCGCGCUAAACCGAUCAACAGCACCACGAACCAAUGCGCCUUCUGCAUCACGAUCAUGAUGGGGAGCUCGUUCUCACUGCGUUCGACGACUACGAGCAGCCAGCCUAUACUAUACUUUCACACACUUGGGGAGACGACGAAGAAGAGGUGUCUUUCGCAGAUCUCAUGAAUGGGAAUGGCAAGGACAAACUUGGAUACAAUAAGAUUCAUCUCUGUGGAGAACAAACACGACGGGAUGGAUUACGAUAUUUCUGGGUCGAUACUUGCUGCAUCGACAAGUCGAACAAGGCCGAGAUCUCCUCAGCUAUUCGGUCCAUGUUUCGCUGGUAUCAAGACGCGGCGAAGUGUUACGUAUACCUCUCAGACGUAUCAACGAAGGAGAAGAAACUUGAUGGCAUGCUUGGUGAAACUGAUUGGGAGCGUUCGCUGAGGUCAAGUCGAUGGUUCACGCGUGGCUGGACCCUGCAGGAGCUCCUGGCCCCGAGUGUGGUUGAGCUAUUCUCUCAGGAAUGGGAAAGGAUUGGAGAUAAGACGUCACUCGGACCGCUGAUCAGCAGGACAACGGGUAUACCACAGGACGUACUCCAGGAGGGUACUCUUUCGCAGUUCGACAUUAGCGAGCGCUUGCGUUGGAGAGGUGACCGGAAAACUAAGUUGAAAGAGGAUAUGGCGUACUCGCUGUCAGGCAUUUGUGAUGUCGAUAUCGCGCCUUUGUAUGGGGAAGGAGAAGAGGAAGCAUUUAGGCGACUUAAUAAAGAGAUCCAGAAGUUGAGGGACUGUUUGCGUGACUUGCGCCACGGCGAUCCCAGAGACGACAAAAAGCGAAUCGAGGAGACCAAGGGCGGGUUGUUGGUAGACUCAUACCGCUGGGUGCUCAACAACGAUACUUAUCAGCAAUGGCAAAGAGAUCCGCAAGCCCAACUUCUAUGGGUAAAGGGCGACCCUGGCAAAGGCAAAACAAUGCUCCUCUGUGGUAUCAUCGACGAGCUACGCAGCUCAAUGCCCAAGGCAGCUCUACUGUCAUAUUUUUUCUGUCAAGCGACAUUCUCCCAUCUCAACAGCGCUACGGCCGUACUUCGUGGGCUGUUAUACAUGCUCAUAAAACAACAACCGUCGCUUGCGUCCCACAUAUACAAAAGCUAUGAUCUCGCAGGAAAGCGACUGUUCGAGGAUGCAAAUGCCUGGGUUGUGUUGACAGAGAUCUGGGAAGACGUACUGCGAGAUCCCGGCCUGCGCAUGGGUUACUUGCUCAUCGAUGCGCUUGACGAAUGCACUACCGACCGGUCUAAGCUGCUGCGCUUCAUUGCUAUGCAGUCUUCUUCUUCAUCUCGUCUCAAAUGGAUUGUUUCUAGCCGGAACUGGCCAGAGAUAGAAAGAUCGCUAGAUCCAGCGGCUGGAAAAGUGCCCCUCAGUCUCGAGCUCAACGCGCACUCCAUCUCCGCAGCAGUCAAGACUUUCAUUAACACAAAGGUGUCCCGACUGGCAGAUGAGGAAAGAUACGACGAGCAAAUACGGAACGUUAUAUCAGAGUACUUGAGCGCAAAUGCAAACGACACAUUCUUGUGGGUCGCAUUAGUAUGUCAAUGUCUCAAGGGUACAGCAAAGCGGCAUGUGAUGAAGAAGCUCAAGUCUAUCCCACCUGGGCUAGAACCUUUUUACAAGCGGAUGUUGAAUGGUAUAGGCGGGUCAGACGACGCUGAAAUCUGUCUUUGUGUGCUGGCCACUACCGCCAUUCUGUUUCGACCUAUCGUAAUUCAGGAAUUGAUUACGGUUAUUGAACCUCUAGAGGAAUUCGCUGAUGAACUGGAGACGGUGCGGGAGAUUGUCAAACUAUGUGGAUCUUUUCUCACCAUAAAGGACGAUACAGUGUACUUUGUUCACCAAUCUGCCCAGGAUUUUCUCCUCGUAGAUGCAAAGGAUAAAAUAUUCCCAUACGGCAUCGGCAUUUCCCAUCAAGGAAUCUUCCGGAGGUCACUGGCAGUUCUAUCUAGUCAGUUACACAGGGAUAUGUACAAGCUAAAGGCACCGGGUAUUUCCAUCUAUACUGCUCAACCACCAAGCCCGGACCCACUAGCAUCAUUACGUUAUUCGUGCAUAUACUGGAUCGAUCAUCUCUGCAACUCGCAGUCGACGAUCCAGCCCAGCCAUGCUGGCAGUACCGUGUUUACAGAUGAGAUUAUGCUAUUCAUGAAAGAGAGAUAUCUUUACUGGCUGGAAGGUUUGAGUUUGUGCGAGAGUACAACGAAAGGUGUACUUGCGAUGAAAGCUCUAUUUUCCCUAGCAGAGAGCUUAGAUGCGCAAGACCUUGUCGAUCUUGUGAAAGACGCACAUCGGUUUUUUGUUCACAGUAAAGACGUCAUAGAGACUUACCCACUUCAGACGUACCACUCGGCUCUUCUCUUCAGCCCAAGGGGAAGCUUGAUCAGAACAGCGUUCCAACACGAAGAACCAAAUUGGAUUACGAUCGGGCCAGACAUGAGUGAAACAUGGGGCUCUUGUCUGCACACGUUCGAGGACAGCUGUAGCGCGGUGGCAUUCUCACAAGAUCUUAAUCAGCUGGUAUUAGGGCUAGAAGACGGUAUGAUCAAGACAUGGGACGCAGACAGCAACACCUAUCUCCUGGAACUGAAGAGUUACGAGUCCGACUCCCAUAUAGAGCGGGUAAGAUACUUCGAUGAAUCAUCAAAGUUGGUUGCCGUUCUGGGCGUUCACGAGAUGAUUGAGGUGUGGGAAGUCGCUACCGGCACUUGCUUAUUCACUCAAGAGUAUGACCAGGGACCGUUGCACCGAAUAGUUCCGUUUUGCAACGAUACGGAGCUUCGCGUAUUUGCAAAAGCUACCGUGGGAGACUCGGCCAGGAUCUUCGAUACGGCUGAGGCCAGAGAGUUAUCAAUUCUCAUGAGCCCUCAUCGCGACGGCAGAUCCAAGUUGAAUUCUACAUUCUCUCCUUCGGGAAGAUUCUUAUUUGUGAACUUCGAGACAAAUCUUAAGAUAUGGGAUGCAACCAGCAAAAGACACAUUCAGUCAUUUGAGUUACCACCGCGUAACGAAGACUCCGAUUCGACUUUUGUGGCAUCCGCUUGGGUUUCCGAUUCGGCCUUACUGGCAGUGGGAUUAUCUGAUGGCACGGUAAUCGUUUUCAGCAUCGACAGUGGCGACGUACUACAUAUACUUCAAUCUGGAGAUCCACCAGGCUGGGGUCGGGAACAGACGGUGGCCAUAUCCUACGAUUCGAAGAGAGUAGCAACACCAUCAGGCCUAUCAAACCUUAGAAUCUGGGAUCUCAGCGACACCUCAAACCCGCAUACAUUAGUCGACAACAGUGACGAUGAAAUCAUUUUCGUAGCCUUCUUAUCCGAUUCCCGAAGACUCGUUUCCAUGUCUUUGGAAGGUAGAACAAAGAUUUGGGACAUCUGUGGCGAAGAUGUCUCUCAGAGGCUUGAUGACCAUCAAGCCUGGAUUAACUCAUUGACUUGGUCCAAUGACUCAAAUUAUUUGGCGUCCGGAGCGUCCGACUCGACUGUCAAGAUUUGGGACCUUCACGGCAGAUGUUUGCAAACACUUCAUGGACACAGCGAGAGUGUCAUUAGGGUCGACUGGUUCCAUCACCCAGCACGCGUUGGAUCAUUAUCGAUGGACAAUACCUACAGAAUAUGGGACGUGGUCAGUGGCCAGUGUCUCCAUGUAUAUGAGUGGGGACUGCCUGGUACGGUAAUCGCUAUGUCACCUGAUCUAAGGAUACUGGCCCGCACAAAAGGCACCAGUACAACAGGCAAAAGGCCAAUCCAGCUUUGGGACGUUAUGCAUGACGUUAGCCUUCCAGAUUUGUGCGACGACAGUGCUGCACAUAUCCGUUCACUCGCGUUCUCCGGCGACUCAACACAAUUAGCCGUGCUCGUGGAUGACAUGAUCGUCAGGAUUUUCGACACGAGAAGCGGUGAGUGUGUCCAAACAUUGAUUGAGACAGAUGAGGAGCUACGAUACUCACUGCCUUUUGGUCAUUACUCUGUCACCUUCUCUAAGGAUGCGAUACGGCUAGUGUCUGCGUGGGGUAAUGGCACUAUCCGAGUCUGGGACAUAAACAGCGGCAGGUGCCUACACACUGUCGAAACUGCCAUACUAUCCACAGAUGUAUCAGUCGAUCAGAGUGGGCGGUUCCUUCUGACUGAAUAUGGCCGUAUCGCGAUACCUGAAUCUUCGGACUUGGAAGGAAAUUUGGCAGGCUCAAUUAAUCAUUCCCCAGCAUUCCAUGGUGUAAGGCUGAGCACGCCUGAGGGAUGGAUCGUUUACAACUCGGUUAACGUUUUAUGGUUACCACCAGAGUACCGGGCGGGAUUUUCGGUUGUUUCAGGAAACUCAGUCGGUAUGGCAAUUGUCAAGAGGGUAUGGAUUUUCACGAUAUCUCCGGAGUACCUCGAAUAGCAUCUUAGCCAUUCCAAAAACCGGAAUAUAUAUCCCCAUCGCACUCUUGAGCGGCACAAAGCACUCUUCACCGUCAUAUUUGUGCUUAUCCAUAGUGUUCUGCUUGGAUAUCAGCGGCGGUGUAGUGGGGACUGAUAUUGGUGGCAGCCC